AUGACUACCUGGCCGGAGCUUGAGGCGAUCACUGCACCUACCUCCGUCGAGCAGCGCUUCCUCAGCUUGCCGGAGAGUGCCGACUUCGAGCGGGUGAGGUCGUUCAGCAUCGACCGUCGAGGCAAACUCGUCGAACGCGGAUACUGCUAUGUCCACCGCGACAGCGAUGCUUCGUCGUCUAGCGGCCUGGGCACGUCUGCCGGCCACCGCAGCUACCGCUCUGACUCGGCCACGUCGCAGGUGGACUCCUUGACCGACGACACGAACUACGCGAAACUGUGCCACAAAACCGUUUUCAUCAUCGGCCAGGAGAACGUCGGCAAAAGUUCCCUGCUCGAAGCUUUUCAGAAGUACGCCUCGCUGAGCAACGAGGACUACAUCGAAAUCGACGAGGACGUUCUCACCAUGCUGCUUGUAGACGGCAAGGAAAUAUACCUGCAUUUCGUCGAGAAAAGCACCAAGUUUUCUUGUGCCACUUUCGAGUUGAAGGCGCUGUCGCUUGAAUGCAACCUUCUUCUUGCUGACAAGUGUGUUUCUGACCUCCAGGCGUCAGGCAAACUCAUUUUAAACCACACAUUCGGCAACAGCAUCGAGUCAUUCGCUCCUAAAGAGCGUCCACUCGGUUUUCGCAUCGGCGGUCAUCAGUGGGGUCUGUUUUGA